ACCGCGCCCCCCCCCUUCCCCUCAGACCCCCGCCGGGCGCAGGGGUGGCGGGAGGGGGAAUCCGCUGCUGCCGCCGCUUCCGCCGUUCUCGGUGCUCAGCAGGGAUUUGGUGCCCUCAGGCUCAGAAUUCCCGCCAUGCGCCGCCGCCGCCGCUCCAGCCUCUUCCCUCCGCUCAUCCCGGAAUUCCCGGCUUUUCCCGCCUCCGUCCCGGCUUCGCCAUGAGCUCCCCGCCGCCGUUCCCGCCGGGAUCAUGAAUUCCCAGCGCUCCGACAUUCCCAGCGUUCCCAAGAUGGGCGUCCGGGCCCGCGUGGCCGAGUGGCCUCCGCGCUCCAAAGAUUCCAGGGAUUCUCCGGGCCCUUCCCGGAGCUUCCCGGGCGGCCAAUCCGCCCUCAAAGCCUUUCCCCGCCCGCCGCGGCGCCCCGCCCCGCAUUCCAAGGAGGCGGAAUUCCAGGAGGGAUUCCCGGGAAUGCCGCUGAGGCAGCGGAGCAGCAGCGAGGUGACGCUGAGCGAGUGCGAUCCCGAGGAAACCCCGGAAACGCGCGGGAAUUCCACCGGCGCCGCCGGGCUCUUCCGGGAAUACGGCAGCACCUCUUCCAUCGACAUCCAGGGAAUUCCCGAGCAAAGCUUCUUCGAGAUGCUCAACGAGUUCCGGACUAAGAAACCGGAAUUUUCCGGCGUCAAAGCGGAAAACCGGGAAGAGCCCCCCCAGUCCAAGGAGAAACCGCGCCGGCGCUGCCUGAAAAACGACGACUCCAUCUUCAAAAAGCUCCGCAAUCCCCGGCACGACCCCGAUCCCAAAGAUCCCGACGAUUCCCGCCUUCCCGAGCCGGGCAAGUCUUGGAUUUGCCGGAAAAGUUUUGCUCAUUUCGACGUCCAGAGCAUUUUCUUCGAGGCCGUUUCUCCGGGAAUCGCCGGGACCCAGCGGCGGAACACGACCACCGGCGCUUCCGCCGCCUCCGCCGGCUCCGACCCCGCCUUUUCCAGCACCGAGGACCUGAAUUCCAAGGAAAACUUGGAGCAGGAUCUGGGGGACAACACCAGCAACGAGCUGCUGCUGAGCUGCCCCCACUUCCGCAACGAGAUCGGCGGCGGCGCCGGGGAGCGCGACGUCAGCUUCUCCAAAUCCGCCUCCCCGCCCUUCCCGGCUGCUCCCGGCGUCUUCACGGAAUGCGGCCACGUCGGGAAGCCGACCAACGCCGGCAUCUCCAUCCUGGAGUUCCCCAAGGAGCAGCAGAGGAACCCGGAAAGGCUCCGGAAUUACAGCGUGGAGCACGUGGAUUUGGGAGCGCGCUACUACCGGGAUUAUUUCCAUGGGAAAGAACAUUCCAACUAUUUUGGCGUGGACGAGAAGCUGGGCCCGGUGGCCGUCAGCAUCCGCCGGGAAAAGCUGGAGGAGCCCUCGGAUCACGGCCCCCAAUUCCAGCACCGCCUCAUCUUCCGCACCAGCCAGCUGCCCACGCUCCGAGGCUCCAUCCUGGAGGACGCCACCCCCAGCGCGUCCAAGGCCGGCUCCAUCCGGGGGAUCCCGCUCCGGGACGUGCUGGAAUUCGUCGUUCCCGAGCUCAACAUCCACUGCCUGCGGAUGGCGCUGGCCACACCCAAGGUCCCCGAGCAGCUGCUCAAGCUGGACGAGCAGGGGCUGUGCCGGCGGCACAAGGUGGGAAUUCUGUACUGCCGGGCGGGGCAGAGCUCGGAGGAGGAGAUGUACAACAACGAAUCCGCCGGGCCCGCGCUCGACGAGUUCCUGACGCUCCUGGGGGAGAAAGUUUCCCUCAAAUCCUUCCCCAAGUACGCGGCGCAGCUCGACACCAAGACCGACUCGACGGGCACGCACUCGCUCUACACCACGUACCAGGACUACGAGAUCAUGUUCCAUGUGUCCACCAUGCUGCCCUACACCCCCAACAACCGCCAGCAGCUGCUCCGGAAGCGCCACAUCGGCAACGACAUCGUCACCAUCAUCUUCCAGGAGCCGGGCGCGCUGCCCUUCACGCCCCAGAACAUCCGCUCCCACUUCCAGCACGUCUUCAUCAUCGUCCGCGCCCACCAGCCCUGCUCCGACAGCGUCUCCUACAGCGUGGCCGUCACCCGCUCCAAGGACGUCCCUCCCUUCGGGCCCCCGCUGCCCCCGGCCGGCGUCACCUUCCGCCGCUCCGAGCUGUUCCGCGCCUUCCUGCUGGCCAAGGCCAUCAACGCCGAGAACGCCGCGCACAAAUCCCACAAGUUCCGCACCAUGGCCACGCGCACGCGCCACGAGUACCUGCGGGACCUGGCCGAGAACUACGCCGGCGGCUCCCCGCUGGACACGGCCGGCAAGUUCAACCUCAUCUCCUUGGCCUCCAAGAGGAAGGAGAAGUGCAAGGCGCGGCCGUCGGCGGAGCUGGACAGCGCCGGCGCCGUCUCCUGGCGCGUCUCCGCCUCGGAUUUCGGGCGUGGCGGGGCGGAGAUCCCGUGCGUCCUGGGCAUCUCCAGGGAGUUCGUGGUCCUGGCGGAUCUGGCGGCCAAGGAAGUGGUUUUUAAUUGUUUCACCGGGGACGUGAUCGGCUGGAGCGCGGAGGGGGCGGCGCUCAGGAUCUACCACGGCCGCGGGGACCUGGUCAGCGUCCGGGCGGGCGCCGACGCUGCCGAGGGAGCCGAGGGAUCCGGGGCGGAGGAGGUGAAGGAAAUCGUGCAGAGGCUCAAGGCCACCACUCCGGGCUGUGCCACGGUGGACAUGACGCUGCGGCGCAACGGGCUGGGCCAGCUGGGCUUCCACGUGCACCCCGACGGCUCCGUGGCCGAGGUGGAGGAGUACGGCUUCGCCUGGCAGGCCGGGCUGCGCCGCGGCAGCCGCCUGCUGGAGGUGUGCAAGGUGGCGGCCGUGGCGCUGAGCCACGAGCAGAUGAUCGACCUCCUGCGCACCUCGGUCACCGUCACCGUGGUCAUCGCGCCGCCGCACGACGACGGCACGCCCCGGAGGGCUUGGUCGGAGGCGCUGCCGGGGCCGGUGGAGCCCAAGGCGGAUCCGGAGCCGUUCCCGGAGCCGUUCCCGGAUCCUUUCCCGGAGCCGUUAAUUGCCCCCAGAAUUCUCAGGAUUCCCCCCGGUUUUUCUCAAUUUUUCUCCUCAAUUUUUUUAUUUUCCCCAAAUUUCCUGAAUUUUUCCAGGCCCCUGAGUUUCCCGGAGUCGCCUCAUUCCGGUGGCUCCUCCACCUUCCGCCAACCUUCCGGAAGCUUCUCCGCGCCGGGAAGUGCCAAAGGGCCCCCAGAAAGGCCGCAGAGGGGGGCGGCGUUCCCGGCGGAGCCACAUCCCGGGAAUCCCGGGAAUUCUGGGAAUUCUGGGAAUUCCGGCCACGCCGAGGCCGCCGGGAUCGGACACGAGGGCGGCGCCGAGAGGCUCAAGGCAGAGCCCCUCUGGCACAUCCCGGCUCCGGCGCGGAUUCCCGGGAAGCGCCCGGCGCGUCCCGAGCCCGGCGGGAAGGAUUCCCCCAACCGCCUGGCCAAGCAGGAGCCGCCCCAUCCCAGCCCCUCGUCCCUGUCCAGCUCCGCCUCCAGCGAGGCCGAGCCCGACUCCGGCGAUUCCCAGAAUUCCCGGAAAGGCUCCCGAGGGCCCUGGAAUUCCCAGAAAAGCUCCAAGGAUUCGGCUCCUGGCAAAUCCGGGAAUUCCGCCCUUCCCGAGGCUUUCCAAGCGACCAGGCCUCUCGGUGCUUCACAGAUUUCGGCUCCGGGUCCCAAAUCCGGCUUUUCCCAAAGGCCGGGAAGAGCCAAAGGCGCCGCCCCCGGCUGGAGGCGCCCGGACGAGCCCCCAGAGCACAAAAGGUCCCGGCGGAAUUCCGGGAAAAAACGGGAUUUGGGAGAGGAAAUCUGGGAUUUUUGAGGGAAAAUUUGGGAUUUGGGAGGGGAAAUUU